AUGGCAUUUAUGGGAUAUUUCGAGUGUGGAAUUAUAUUUUUCUUUUCUUUGCUGGAUUCUGCGUUUGCUCAGAUCGUCUAUUCCGUACCGGAAGAGGUAAAUAAGGGAACAGCUGUUGGCAAUAUAGCGAAAGACCUGAACAUAAAUGUUCACGACCUGGAAUCUCGCAUGUUUGAGAUCGUGACUGGAUCAAAUAAGAAGUAUUUUGAUGUAAAUCUGAAAACUGGCGUGCUGUUUGUUAAUGAAAGGAUUGACCGUGAGGAAAUAUGUAUGUCGAACCAGAAAUGCUCUUUGAAUAUAGAGGCCCUCGCUAAAAAUCCUCAUCGUCUUUACAGGGUGGAGGUUAAGAUCUUGGAUAUAAACGACAAUGCGCCACAUUUUCCUGUUAAAAUAUUUGCAUUAAAUAUUACAGAAAACGCAAGCCCUGGCGAGAGAUUUCCUCUCCCUGUGUCCGAGGACUCUGAUGUUGGCAGUAAUUCACUGAAAGAGUACAAACUGAGUCCGAAUGAACAUUUCAGUCUCGAUACACAGAGUGAAGAGCAGAGUGUGUCUGCGGAGUUAGUGCUGAACAAGGCUUUAGAUCGAGAGAAGCAAGCGACUAUUAAGUUAGUUCUCACCGGGACAGAUGGAGGAAAACCACCUAAAUCAGGGACUUUACAUAUUAUUAUAAACGUCAUGGAUGUUAAUGACAAUAACCCAGUGUUCAGUCAACCUCUUUACAAAGUUAAAGUAAAAGAAAAUGUUGCUGCUGAUACUAAAGUGUUAUCUGUGUUUGCAACUGAUUUGGAUGAAGGAAUAAAUCGUGAAAUUAUGUACUCAUUUGUUGGUCAUGGAAAGAAGCAAGACCUGUUUUCCAUUAUCCCUGAGACAGGAGAUAUUGUUAUAAAAGGGCAAAUUGAUUACGAGGAAAAUCUUGCUAUUGAGUUACGAGUUCAGGCAAGAGAUAAAGGCAGCCCACCAAGGAGCACACAAUGUAAAGUUUUAAUAGAAGUUAUGGAUGAAAAUGAUAAUGCACCAGAGAUAGUUACGACUCCCCUGUUGGAAAGUGUGAAAGAGGACGCAAAACCGGGAACUGCUGUUGCUUUAGUCACAGUGUCUGAUAAAGAUGGAGGUAAAAAUGGCAUUGUUCACUGUGCGCUGAAAGGCUCGUUUCCUUUCAAAUUGGAGACGUCAUAUAACAAUCAUUAUUCUCUAGUGGUAGACGGACCUCUGGACAGAGAGAGUGUUUCUCAGUAUAACAUCACAAUUACAGCUUCAGAUGAAGGAACUCCGGCUCUUUCCAGCAGCACUGUUAUAACUGUACAUAUCUCUGAUGUUAAUGACAAUGCCCCACAUUUCCCAGCGCCCGUUAUUAACGCUUUUCUAAGUGAGAAUGGUCAAGCUGGAGGUCUCGUGACAAAAGUGACAGCUGAUGAUUCAGACACUGGUGAGAACGCAGAACUUUCAUAUUCACUGUUAGACAGUUCCAGCUCCAGUGUUCCUGUAACAACACUGAUCAAUAUAAACUCUUUGAGUGGAGAAAUAUUCAGUUUGCAAUCAUUUAAUCAUGAAGAAACAAAAAGAUUUCAGUUUGAAGUGAUGGCAACAGACUCUGGUGUUCCUCCUCUGAGCAGUAAUGUGACUGUAAAUGUGUUUAUUCUGGAUGAGAAUGACAACAGUCCGGUUAUGUUACAGCCUUAUUCUGAUCCUGGAUCAGUUAACACUGAGAACAUUCCCUACUCUGCUGAAGCGGGAUACUUUGUAGCCAAGAUCAGAGCUGUUGAUGCUGACUCUGGAUAUAACGCUCUUCUGUCUUAUCAUAUAAGUGAAGCCAAAGGAACUAAUCUCUUCCGCAUUGGAAGCAGCACUGGAGAAAUAAAGACUAAGAGGCGAAUGAGUGACAAUGACUUAAAAACUCACCCACUUAUUAUUACAGUGUCUGACAAUGGAGAGCCAUCACUCUCAGCGACUAUGUCCAUGGAUGUUGUGGUUGUUGAGAGUCUGGAUGACAUAAAGACAUCAUUCAGAGAAGUUCCUGUUAAAGAGGAGAGUUUUUCAGAUCUGAAUGUGUAUCUGCUCAUCGCUAUCGUCUCAGUAUCAGUCAUCUUUUUACUGAGUCUCGUGGGUUUGAUAGCAGCUAAAUGCUACAGGACAGACGGCAGUUUCAGCAGGUACAGCGCUCCAGUGAUCAGCACCCAUCCAGACGGAAGCUGGUCCUUCUCUAAAUCUACUCAACAGUAUGACGUGUGUUUUAGUUCAGACACAAUAAAGAGUGAUGUAGUCGUUUUCCCCUCGCCGUUUCCACCAGCAGACGCGGAGUUGAUCAGCAUUAAUAGUGGAGAAGACACUUUUACGCGCACCCAAACUCUUCCUACCACCGAGAAGUUUCGGAUUGUAUCGAGAGAGGUUUAUUUAGUUGUUUUAAUCGCUUUGAAUAGCAGGACAUUUUCUUGCACAAUCAUGGAUGUCACCGGAUAUUAUGGCUUUUGGAUCAUUUUAUUUCUGUUACGGAAAUCUUCGCUUGGCCAGAUUGUCUAUUCCGUCUCCGAGGAGGUAAAUAAAGGAACCGUGAUCGGGAAUAUUGCAAACGACCUCAAGAUCAGCGCUCAGGAACUGGAAUCACGCAUGUUUCAGAUUAUGCCUGGAUCAAAUGCAAAGUAUUUUGAUGUAAAUGUGAAAACGGGGUCGCUGUUUGUCAAAGACAGGAUUGAUCGUGAGGAGUUGUGUGGCUCUAAUCAGAAAUGUACAUUGAAUUUAGAGGCUCUUGCUCAGAAUCCGCACAGACUUUAUCGGCUUGAAAUUAUAAUUGUGGAUGUGAACGACAUUGCUCCGUUUUUUACUGACAGCAUGUAUGUUGUCAAUGUUACAGAGAAUGCAAACGAGGGGGAAAGAUUUCCUCUUCCAAAUGCAAAAGAUUCAGAUGUCGGCAGUAAUUCUCUGAAGGAUUACAAACUCAGUUCAAAUGAAUACUUUUCUUUAGAUGUUCAUAGCGGGCCAAAGAGUAUAUCUGCUGAGUUAGUACUACAGAAAGCUUUAGACCGAGAGAAACAAGCCGUUAUUCACUUAAUAUUAACCGCUGUUGACGAAGGAAAACCUCCUAAAUCUGGAACAUUGAGUAUUGUUGUUGACGUCAUGGAUAUAAACGAUAAUCAGCCUAUUUUCAACGAAGCUUUAUACAAAGUUAAAGUAAAAGAAAACACACCAAUUGGAACCAAAAUAAUUUCUGUUUCUGCCAGUGAUUUGGAUGAGGGCAUCAAUAGUGAAAUUCAAUAUUCAUUUCAUGGAAAUACCGAUGAAUUGAAACUGUUUAGCAUCAAUUCUAACUCUGGGGGAAUUGUUGUUCAAGGACACAUUGAUUACGAGGAUGAUUCUGCCAUUGAACUCCGUGUUCAGGCGAGAGAUAAAGGCAGCCCUCCAAAAAGUACACACUGUAAAGUUUUAAUAGAAGUUGUGGAUGAGAAUGACAAUGUGCCAGAGAUAGUUACGACUCCCCUGUUGGAAAGUGUGAAAGAGGACGCAAAACCGGGAACUGCUGUUGCUUUAGUCACAGUGUCUGAUAAAGAUGGAGGUAAAAAUGGCAUUGUUCACUGUGCGCUGAAAGGCUCGUUUCCUUUCAAAUUGGAGACGUCAUAUAACAAUCAUUAUUCUCUAGUGGUAGACGGACCUCUGAACAGAGAGAGUGUUUCUCAGUAUAACAUCACAAUUACAGCUUCAGAUGAAGGAACUCCGGCUCUUUCCAGCAGCACUGUUAUAACUGUACAUAUCUCUGAUGUUAAUGACAAUGCCCCACAUUUCCCAGCACCCGUUAUUAACGCUUUUCUAAGUGAGAAUGGUCAAGCUGGAGGUCUCGUGACAAAAGUGACAGCUGAUGAUUCAGACACUGGUGAGAACGCAGAACUUUCAUAUUCACUGUUAGACAGUUCCAGCUCCAGAGUUCCUGUAACAACACUGAUCAAUAUAAACUCUUUGAGUGGAGAAAUAUUCAGUUUGCAAUCAUUUAAUCAUGAAGAAACAAAAAGAUUUCAGUUUGAAGUGAUGGCAAAAGACUCUGGUGUUCCUCCUCUGAGCAGUAAUGUGACUGUAAAUGUGUUUAUUCUGGAUGAGAAUGACAACAGUCCAGUUAUUUUACCACCUUAUUCUGAUCCUGGAUCAGUUAAUACUGAGAACAUUCCCUACUCUGCUGAAGCGGGAUACUUUGUAGCCAAGAUCAGAGCUGUUGAUGCUGACUCUGGAUAUAACGCUCUUCUGUCUUAUCAUAUAAGUGAAGCCAAAGGAACUAAUCUCUUCCGCAUUGGAAGCAGCACUGGAGAAAUAAAGACUAAGAGACGAAUGAGUGACAAUGACUUAAAAACUCACCCACUUAUUAUUACAGUGUCUGAUAACGGAGAGCCAUCACUCUCAGCGACUACGUCCAUGGAUGUUGUGGUUGUUGAGAGUCUGGAUGACAUAAAGACAUCAUUCAGAGAAGUUCCUGUUAAAGAGGAGAGUUUCUCAGAUCUGAAUGUGUAUCUGCUCAUCGCUAUCGUCUCAGUAUCAGUCAUCUUUUUACUGAGUCUCGUGGGUUUGAUAGCAGCUAAAUGCUACAGGACAGACGGCAGUUUCAGCAGGUACAGCGCUCCAGUGAUCAGCACCCAUCCAGACGGAAGCUGGUCCUUCUCUAAAUCUACUCAACAGUAUGACGUGUGUUUUAGUUCAGACACAAUAAAGAGUGAUGUAGUCGUUUUCCCCUCGCCGUUUCCACCAGCAGACGCGGAGUUGAUCAGCAUUAAUAGUGGAGAAGACACUUUUACGUGCACCCAAACUCUUCCUAUUACUGGAAAGAUGCAAAGAAGAUUCUCGUGCGUUUAUGUUUUGUUUUUACUGUCAUUACGCCAGCUGAGAAUCACCAUCAUGGCAUUUACGGGAUAUUUCGAGUGUGGAAUUAUAUUUUUCCUUUCUUUGCUGGAUUCUGCGUUUGCUCAGAUCGUCUAUUCCGUACCGGAAGAGGUAAAUAAGGGAACAGCUGUUGGCAAUAUAGCGAAAGACCUGACCAUAAAUGUUCACGACCUGGAAUCUCGCAUGUUUGAGAUCGUGACUGGAUCAAAUAAGAAGUAUUUUGAUGUAAAUCUGAACACUGGCGUGCUGUUUGUUAAUGAAAGGAUUGACCGUGAGGAAAUAUGUAUGUCGAACCAGAAAUGCUCUUUGAAUAUAGAGGCCCUCGCUGAAAAUCCGCAUCGUCUUUACAGGGUGGAGGUUAAGAUCUUGGAUAUAAACGACAAUGCGCCACAUUUUCCUGUUGAAAUAUUUACUGUGAAUAUUAGUGAAAACGCAAGCCCUGGCGAGAGAUUUCCUCUCCCUGUGUCCGAGGACUCUGAUGUUGGCAGUAAUUCACUGAAAGAGUACAAACUGAGUCCGAAUGAACAUUUCAGUCUCGAUACACAGAGUGAAGAGCAGAGUGUGUCUGCUGAAUUAGUGCUGAACAAGGCUUUAGAUCGAGAGAAGCAAGCGACUAUUAAGUUAGUUCUCACCGGGAGAGAUGGAGGAAAACCACCUAAAUCAGGGACUUUAAAUAUUAUUAUAAACGUCAUGGAUGUCAAUGACAAUAACCCAGUGUUCAGUCAACCUCUUUACAAAGUCAAAGUAAAAGAAAAUGUUGCUGCUGAUACUAAAGUUAUCUCUGUCUUUGCAACUGAUUUGGAUGAAGGAAUAAAUCGUGAAAUUAUGUACUCAUUUGUUGGUCAUGGAAAGAAGCAAGAUCUGUUUUCCAUUAUCCCUGAGACAGGAGAUAUUGUUGUAAAAAGGCAAAUUAAUUACGAGGAAAAUCCAGCUAUUGAGUUACGAGUUCAAGCAAGAGAUAAAGGCAGUCCACCAAAGAGCACACAAUGUAAAGUUUUAAUAGAAGUUAUGGAUGAAAAUGAUAAUGCACCAGAGAUAACAGUGACCCCACUUCUGAAAACUGUUAAAGAAGACAUAAAGUCAGGAACUGCUGUUGCUUUAGUCACAGUGUCUGAUGAAGAUGGAGGUAAAAAUGGCAUUGUUCACUGUGCGCUGAAAGGCUCGUUUCCUUUCAAACUGGAGACGUCAUAUAACAAUCAUUAUUCUCUAGUGGUAGACGGACCUCUGGACAGAGAGAGUGUUUCUCAGUAUAACAUCACAAUUACAGCUUCAGAUGAAGGAACUCCGGCUCUUUCCAGCAGCACUGUUAUAACUGUACAUAUCUCUGAUGUUAAUGACAAUGCCCCACAUUUCCCAGCACCCGUUAUUAACGCUUUUCUAAGUGAGAAUGGUCAAGCUGGAGGUCUCGUGACAAAAGUGACAGCUGAUGAUUCAGACACUGGUGAGAACGCAGAACUUUCAUAUUCACUGUUAGACAGUUCCAGCUCCAGAGUUCCUGUAACAACACUGAUCAAUAUAAACUCUUUGAGUGGAGAAAUAUUCAGUUUGCAAUCAUUUAAUCAUGAAGAAACAAAAAGAUUUCAGUUUGAAGUGAUGGCAACAGACUCUGGUGUUCCUCCUCUGAGCAGUAAUGUGACUGUAAAUGUGUUUAUUCUGGAUGAGAAUGACAACAGUCCAGUUAUUUUACCACCUUAUUCUGAUCCUGGAUCAGUUAAUACUGAGAACAUUCCCUACUCUGCUGAAGCGGGAUACUUUGUAGCCAAGAUCAGAGCUGUUGAUGCUGACUCUGGAUAUAACGCUCUUCUGUCUUAUCAUAUAAGUGAACCCAAAGGAACUAAUCUCUUCCGCAUUGGAAGCAGCACUGGAGAAAUAAAGACUAAGAGACGAAUGAGUGACAAUGACUUAAAAACUCACCCACUUAUUAUUACAGUGUCUGAUAAUGGAGAGCCAUCACUCUCAGCGACUAUGUCCAUGGAUGUUGUGGUUGUUGAGAGUCUGAAUGACAUAAAGACAUCAUCCAGAGAAGUUCCUGUUAAAGAGGAGAGUUUCUCAGAUCUGAAUGUGUAUCUGCUCAUCGCUAUCGUCUCAGUAUCAGUCAUCUUUUUACUGAGUCUCGUGGGUUUGAUAGCAGCUAAAUGCUACAGGACAGACGGCAGUUUCAGCAGGUACAGCGCUCCAGUGAUCAGCACCCAUCCAGACGGAAGCUGGUCCUUCUCUAAAUCUACUCAACAGUAUGACGUGUGUUUUAGUUCAGACACCAUAAAGAGUGAUGUAGUCGUUUUCCCCUCGCCGUUUCCACCAGCAGACGCGGAGUUGAUCAGCAUUAAUAGUGGAGAAGACACUUUUGCGCGCACCCAAACUCUUCCUAGCACUGGAAAGUUGUGUUGCUUUGAAGGAACAACGAUGGAAAUCUUAAGAUAUUUUUGCGUCAUAACAGCUCUUCAUUUUGGAUUAUGGCCAUUUUCAUUCGGCAAGAUUAUCUAUUCGGUGUCGGAGGAAGUAAACAAGGGAACUGUUGUCGGAAAUAUAGCAAAAGAUCUCAAGAUCAGUGUUCAAGAGCUGGAAUCUCGUAUCUUGCAGCUUGUAUCCGGAUCCAACAGAAAAUAUUUUGACGUGAAUUUGAAAACGGGAGCGUUGUUCGUGAAUGAAAGAAUUGACCGGGAAGAAUUAUGCUUCGCUAAUCAGGAAUGUGCUCUUAAUUUGGAGGCUGUUGUUCAAAAUCCUCAUAGUCUUUAUCGAAUUGAAAUUAAUGUUCUGGAUGUUAAUGAUAAUGCUCCAUAUUUUGUGGACAGCGUUGUAAUGAUAAACAUUACCGAGGAUGUUGUUCCAGGGGAGAGAUUUCAUCUUCCUGUAGCUGAAGAUAACGACAUUGGCAUUAAUGCACUGAAAGACUACAAACUGAGCAAGAAUGAACAAUUUUCUGUUGACGUGCAAACUGAAGAGCAAAGUGUGUCUGCUGAAUUAGUGCUCCAAAAACCUUUAGAUCGUGAAAAGCAAUCGGUAAUUCCUCUUGUACUGACAGCUGUUGAUGGAGGAAAGCCCGCAAAGACAGGCACAUUAAGUGUAAUAGUGAAUGUUAUUGAUAUAAAUGAUAACAAGCCUGUCUUCAGCAAACCAUUGUACAAGAUCAAGGUGAGAGAAAAUGUUUCUGUUGGUUCAAAAAUCAUCUCUUUGACUGCUACUGAUUUGGAUGAGGGCACCAACAGUGACAUUAUUUAUUCCAUAGCUGAACAUGGAAACAUAAAAAAGCAAAGUCUAUUCACUGUGGUUCCUGAAACCGGGGAUAUUGUUGUAAAGGGUCAAAUAGACCAUGAGAUAAAUGCUGCUAUUGAAUUGCGAAUUCAGGCAAGAGAUAAAGGCAGCCCACCAAAGAGCACCCAAUGUAAAGUUUUAAUAGAAGUUAUGGAUGAAAAUGACAAUGCACCAGAGAUAAUUGUGACUCCACUUUUGGAAACUGUGAAAGAAGACACAAAGUCAGGAACUGCUGUUGCUUUAGUCACAGUGUCUGAUAAAGAUGGAGGUAAAAAUGGCAUUGUUCACUGUGCGCUGAAAGGCUCGUUUCCUUUCAAACUGGAGACGUCAUAUAACAAUCAUUAUUCUCUAGUGGUAGACGGACCUCUGGACAGAGAGAGUGUUUCUCAGUAUAACAUCACAAUUACAGCUUCAGAUGAAGGAACUCCGGCUCUUUCCAGCAGCACUGUUAUAACUGUACAUAUCUCUGAUGUUAAUGACAAUGCCCCACAUUUCCCAGCGCCCGUUAUUAACGCUUUUCUAAGUGAGAAUGGUCAAGCUGGAGGUCUCGUGACAAAAGUGACAGCUGAUGAUUCAGACACUGGUGAGAACGCAGAACUUUCAUAUUCACUGUUAGACAGUUCCAGCUCCAGUGUUCCUGUAACAACACUGAUCAAUAUAAACUCUUUGAGUGGAGAAAUAUUCAGUUUGCAAUCAUUUAAUCAUGAAGAAACAAAAAGAUUUCAGUUUGAAGUGAUGGCAACAGACUCUGGUGUUCCUCCUCUGAGCAGUAAUGUGACUGUAAAUGUGUUUAUUCUGGAUGAGAAUGACAACAGUCCAGUUAUUUUACCACCUUAUUCUGAUCCUGGAUCAGUUAAUACUGAGAACAUUCCCUACUCUGCUGAAGCGGGAUACUUUGUAGCCAAGAUCAGAGCUGUUGAUGCUGACUCUGGGUAUAACGCUCUUCUGUCUUAUCAUAUAAGUGAAGCCAAAGGAACUAAUCUCUUCCGCAUUGGAAGCAGCACUGGAGAAAUAAAGACUAAGAGACGAAUGAGUGACAAUGACUUAAAAACUCACCCACUUAUUAUUACAGUGUCUGAUAAUGGAGAGCCAUCACUCUCAGCGACUAUGUCCAUGGAUGUUGUGGUUGUUGAGAGUCUGGAUGACAUAAAGACAUCAUCCAGAGAAGUUCCUGUUAAAGAGGAGAGUUUUUCAGAUCUGAAUGUGUAUCUGCUCAUCGCUAUCGUCUCAGUAUCAGUCAUCUUUUUACUGAGUCUCGUGGGUUUGAUAGCAGCUAAAUGCUACAGGACAGACGGCAGUUUCAGCAGGUACAGCGCUCCAGUGAUCAGCACCCAUCCAGACGGAAGCUGGUCCUUCUCUAAAUCUACUCAACAGUAUGACGUGUGUUUUAGUUCAGACACCAUAAAGAGUGAUGUAGUCGUUUUCCCCUCUACGUUUCCAUUGCCAGAUGCUGAGCUAAUCAGCAUUAAUGAAGGAGACACUUUUAAUAGGACUCAAACACUUCCAAGCACUACCAAGUGUUUUGAUCACGUUGGCGUCUCACACGGAAAGAUGGCACACAGAAUGGACUGUACGUUCCCGCAUAUAAUUUUCCUCUGGCUCGUGAUGUGUGUUUCAGUGCCUGCGUAUGGUCAGAUUGUCUACACCGUUUCCGAGGAGGUAAAUAUCGGAACUGUCGUUGGGAAUGUGGUAAAGGACAUGCAUUUAAACGUCCAAGAUUUGGAAUCACGGGCGUUUCAGCUUGUAUUCGGCACGAGGACGAGGUAUUUCGAUGUGAAUCUGAAAUCUGGCGUCUUGUAUGUUGCUGAAAGAGUUGACCGCGAGCAGCUAUGUCCCAAUACUCCAUCCUGCUCCUUGAAUUUUGAAGCGAUAGUUAACCACCCUCUUAGUCUGAGUCGAGUGAUAGUUAAUAUUAAUGAUGUGAAUGACAAUUCUCCUAAAUUCCCUGUUGAAACUCAAGUUUUGAAUAUCUCUGAAUCAGUGCAGCCAGGAGCUACAUUUUCCUUGAUCAGUGCAUUGGAUGAAGAUGUUGGACCUUUCUCUGUUAAAGGCUAUAAACUGAGUCCUAAUGAACAUUUCUCAUUAGAAGUGCACCCGGGUGGUGAACAUGGCAUGUCUGCAGAGUUAGUCCUUCGAAAAGCUUUAGACAGAGAGAGAGAACCUGUAAUUCGACUAGUCUUGACUGCUUCCGAUGGAGGGAAACCGUCAAGAUCUGGGACAUUACAAAUUAUAGUUAACAUUUUAGAUACAAAUGAUAAUGCUCCAGUGUUUAGCAAUCCGCUUUAUAAAGUCAGUGUGACAGAGAACACACUACGAGGAACUAAGAUAAUCAAACUCAAUGCUACUGACAUGGAUGAAGGCUCAAAUGGAGAAGUUACGUAUUUGUUUAGCAGUCAUGGUCAGGAAAAAAAUCUUGAUGCAUUUGCAAUCAGUCCUGAUUCUGGGGAGAUUGCAGUUAAAGGAAAUAUUGAUUUUGAGGACAAAGCUUUUUAUGAACUUAGAGUAGAGGCCCAUGAUAAAGCCUCUUCCCCCAUGACAACUAAUUGUAAGGUACUAAUCGAAGUCAUAGAUGUAAAUGACAAUGCACCAGAAAUAGUAAUAACAUCCCUGCUGUCUUCUUUAAGGGAAGAUGCAAAAAUCGGCACUGCUGUGGCUCUGGUCACAGUUUCAGACAAGGAUGGUGGAAUGAAUGGGAAAGUGAGUUGUAAGCUUCAAGGAAAUUUGCCUUUCAAACUUGAGUCUUCCUACAAAAAUUAUUACUCUGUUGUUUUAGAAGGCCAGCUUGACAGGGAAAAGAUCUCCAAGUAUAAUGUUACCCUAAUAGCAGUGGAUGAGGGAACCCCACCUCUUUCCAGCACCAGUGUGAUUUAUGUUGACAUUUCAGAUGUGAAUGACAAUCCGCCACAAUUUAACGGAAACAGCAUUAAUGUCUAUUUAAAAGAAAACACGUCCCCUGGAACCCUUAUUCACACAGUGUCAGCAGUUGACAGAGAUUUAAAUGAAAAUGCUGAAUUGUCUUACUCUAUUGUUGAUAACAAAGCAACAAGCAUACAUUCUGUUAGUAUUAACUCAUUGACAGGCCAGUUGUAUAACCUACAGUCUUUCAAUUUUGAAGAACAGAAAACCCUUAGUUUCCAUGUUCAGGCCAUAGACUCUGGUGUUCCUCCCUUGAGCAGUAAUGUGACUGUAAAUGUGUUUAUUCUGGAUGAGAAUGACAACAGUCCAGUUAUUUUACCGCCCUAUUCUGAUCCUGGAUCAGUUAAUACUGAGAACAUUCCCUACUCUGCUGAAGCGGGAUACUUUGUAGCCAAGAUCAGAGCUGUUGAUGCUGACUCUGGAUAUAACGCUCUUCUGUCUUAUCAUAUAAGUGAAGCCAAAGGAACUAAUCUCUUCCGCAUUGGAAGCAGCACUGGAGAAAUAAAGACUAAGAGACGAAUGAGUGACAAUGACUUAAAAACUCACCCACUUAUUAUUACAGUUUCUGAUAAUGGAGAGCCAUCACUCUCAGCGACUAUGUCCAUGGAUGUUGUGGUUGUUGAGAGUCUGGAUGACAUAAAGACAUCAUUCAGAGAAGUUCCUGUUAAAGAGGAGAGUUUUUCAGAUCUGAAUGUGUAUCUGCUCAUCGCUGUCGUCUCAGUAUCAGUCAUCUUUUUACUGAGUCUCGUGGGUUUGAUAGCAGCUAAAUGCUACAGGACAGACGGCAGUUUCAGCAGGUACAGCGCUCCAGUGAUCAGCACCCAUCCUGACGGAAGCUGGUCCUACUCCAAAUCUACACAACAAUAUGACGUGUGUUUUAGCUCAGACACAAUGAAGAGCGACAUGGUGGUUUUUCCUUCACCAUUUCCGCCUGCAGAGGCUGAACUGGUCAGCAUUCAUGGAGAAGAUACUUUUACGCAAACCCAAACUCUUCCUACCACUGGGAAGUCCGUCUGCGGAUCCUAUGAUCUUGCGAUGGCUGUUGCAGGGAUAUGUGAUUGCCUAGACAAAAAAGUGCCUCUUUCUUUUUUGCUAUUUUUAUUAUUUUGUGGCCUUGCUCUCGGACAAAUACGAUAUUCCGUGCCAGAGGAAUCGGAUAGUGGAACGAUUGUAGGUGAUAUUGCACAGGAUUUGGGUUUGGAUAUUCGAAAGCUCUCCACCCGAAAGAUUAAGGUAACCUCUGACAGCGGCAGAAGGUACGUGGACCAUAAGAAUGGAAAAUUAGUGGUAAACGAGAGAAUUGACAGAGAGACAUUGUGUGACUCGAGCACCGCGUGUGUUUUGAAUCUUGAGGUUCUUCUUGAAAAUCCAUCUGAAGACCAUAAUGUCGAGGUGGAGAUUACAGACGUGAAUGAUAAUACGCCGCAGUUCCCCAGAGACGAGUAUCAAUUGGAAAUCACAGAAUCGGCUUUGCCGGGCUCUCGUUUUCCGAUCGAACACGCGCAAGAUCCGGACAUUGGAACCAAUUCGGUUCGAUUGUACCGGCUCAGCCCAAACGAGCAUUUUGCUCUCGAUUCCAACAAGCCUUCAUUGAAUACUAAGCACAUCGAGCUCGUUCUCAAAAAGCCCUUGGAUCGCGAGCUCUCACCUUACCAUCAGUUAAUCCUGACAGCGACCGACGGUGGCACACCAGCACGAACAGGUACCGCAAAAAUUAACGUUCGCGUCUUAGAUUCGAAUGACAACAAUCCCGUUUUUGACAGCUCAGUAUAUAAAGUCAAAUUGCUUGAAAAUUCGCCCAAAGACACUUUGGUUAUCAAACUGAAUGCCACAGACCAAGAUGAGGGAACAAAUGGGGAGGUGUUUUAUUCAUUCAGCAGUUACACCCCAGAUAGGGUCAGGCAGAUGUUCAGCAUGGACACCAACACUGGAGAAAUCAGAGUAAAGAGCAAUGUGGACUACGAGGACACCAAUUCGUAUGAAAUGUACAUCCAGGCCAUGGACAAAGGCCCAGCUCCAGUGGCAGCCCAUUGCAAAGUGGUGGUGGAGGUUGUAGAUGUCAAUGACAAUGUUCCAGAGAUUGUGCUCUCAUCUUUGUCCAGUCCAGUGCGUGAAGAUGCCCGUGCAGACACCGUGGUGGCCCUGAUCAGCGUGACGGACCGGGACUCUGGCCCUAACAAACAGGUCACCCUUGAAAUUCCAUCUGGUCUUCCUUUCAAAAUCAAGUCAUUUAGAAAUUACUAUACCUUGGUAACCUCAGCCUUUCUUGACCGUGAGAACACAGCAGCCUAUAAUGUCACCCUCAGCGCUACAGAUGGCGGCAACCCUCCACUUUCGUCUCAGAAGACCAUUCAGGUGGAUGUCGCUGAUGUGAACGACAACCCUCCACGCUUUGACCAGACCUCCUACACUGUGUAUGUCAUGGAGAAUAAUGCACCUGGAGCCUCGCUCUGCACCAUCAAGGCUCAGGACUCAGAUGUCAAUGAAAACGCUCGCAUCACCUACACGGUCCUAAACGACAACAAUCACGGGAUCCUGGUCACCUCCUAUGUGUCGGUUAAAGCGGACACUGGUGUUGCCUAUGCCCUUCGCUCCUUUGACUAUGAGUCAUUACGGGAGUUUCACUUCCAGGUUAAAGCUCAGGAUGGUGGUAUCCCACCACUCAGUCGUGUAGCCACUGUCUACAUCUACAUAAUGGAUCAAAACGACCACCCGCCUGAGAUUGUGAAUCCCCCAGCCAACGGCACGCGCUCAACAGAGACAGUGCUGAAAAAUGCAGAGCCAGGUACAUUGAUCUCAAAAGUGGUGGCCUAUGAUGCAGAUGCAGGACAGAACGCGUGGGUCAUCUAUCUGCUGGACCAGGCCAGCGAUCUGGAUCUAUUUAAAGUGCAUGAACACACAGGAGAAAUUCGUACAACGAGGCGCGUCCUUGAAGACAACUCCACCUCUUUUGGUCUAACCGUACUAGUAAGGGACCAUGGCGAACCACCUCUAUCAUCCACCGCUACGAUUAACGUGGCUGUCAUGGAGGUGCCACCCAAAGUCAUGCCUGACCCCAAACGAAUCAUCCGCCCUCACAGCGCUCUCUUGUUUUCUAAAGUGACACUGUACCUCAUCGUUGCCUUGAGCGCCACCACCUUUGUUUUUUUGGUGACGGUUGUUGUGCUGGCCAUCGUGCGCUGCCAUGCGUACUGCACCCAGCCAGGCUCCUGUUCGCCAUGCUGCGUGUCCCAGAAGGCCCAAGCAGAAGGUGGCUCGGGAGGGGGCGGUGGAGGAGGCGGUGGUGGUGGUGCUGGUGCUCAACCCAAUAACAACGUGGUGCUCCGAAGAGACCUCAAAGUUGAGCCUCAUUAUAUUGAGGUCCGGGGUAAUGGCUCUCUGACCAAGACCUAUUGCUACAAGACCUGUCUGACUGCCACGUCGGGCAGUGACACCUUCAUGUUCUACAACACAGGCCGACCCAUCAGUGGCACCUGGGGCUCCGAGCGCUUUUUUACAGGAGGGAGCGGAUUUGUUCGCAGGCUUAGUAUGCCAGAUGCAGCAAUGCAGCCCAAAGGGCCAAAUGCUGACUGGCGUUACUCUGCGUCGCUGAGGGCAGGAGUGCAGAGCUCUGUGCAUAUGGAGGAGGCUUCAGCUGUGAUGCAGGGAGCACAAGGCAUGCUGGUCCAGAACUGGCCCACGGUCUCCAGCGCAGCAGAUGGGGAGGGAGAGGGACAGCUGUCCCCUCCUGUAGGAGCUGGAAUCAACAGUAACAGCUGGAGCUUCCGCUACGGUGCGGGCCCCGGCUACGGUCCUCCACAAGCCCUGAAGCCGGGAGAGAUUCCUCCUGAAGCCUUCAUCAUUCCCGGCUCCCCUGCCAUCAUCUCCAUCCGGCAGGAUCCAGGUGCUGUUGAUGAGAAGGGCGAGUUCAUCACCUUCGGAAAGAAAGAGGAGUCCAAGAAGAAGAAAAAGAAGAAGAAGGAAAAGAAGGACAAGAAGGAUAAAGGGAAAGACGAUGGCGAAGAGUAAUGAAGAACGUCUUACUACAAUAGUACAGCGAUCAACUUGUGUUUGUAGCAAACGCUGACAGAAAGAGAAAACCAAAAAUACUGAAAAUGUAAAAGAGAAAAAGAUCCUUCUAUAUACCAUACCUACCAAUUCAAGUGAACAUAAAAAUCACAAAUUAACCCUGUAAACAUAUUUCCGUGACUCUGAUUGGCUAUUUUUCUAACUCUACUCUAUUGUGCAGAAAUUUAUCAGCAAUGUCCAAGAAAACACACAGUCUGCAAAAUGCAAACCAAGUCCGCUGGCACCUUGUGAAUGACAUUUUCAACCACAUCAAGGGAAGUCCCUCUCCUCUUUUAAAAGGAUCAACCAAAUGUCCAGUUAAACUGGAUAUUAACUCCUGUAAUACCAAGAGUUUUCUCCGACUCCAUCCCUGCCUUCCUCCCUCAACUUCAAAUGGGGAAGAAGCAACCUCCCCUGGCCCUGUCUCACGCCUUGAUCUGCUAGAAACAAAACUUUGUAAAAGACAAAAAAAAAAAAGAGACACAAAUCUAACUGCAAUUAUCAGAAAGACCAGUGUCUGGUUUCUAGAGCAGAUCUAAAGUAAACGUCUGCAGAGAUGGGAAUGUAGCAGCGAAAUCCAAGACACUUGCUUUACACUCAGAAAAAAAGCUUCUGUCCCACUCCUAAACCAACGCUGAAAUCUCAGUAUGUUUUAUAAGAGCAAGUAAAUCUCAUCUUAUAUAGUCCAAAAUCAUGCACAAAUUACGUGCAUACAGCUAAAGAGAUUCUUGCUCUCUAAUACAUAACACACCCUGAACAGGCUCUCCACUCGCUGUACAGCUAAACCCACAACAGGACUGAAGCACAACAGCCUCUCAAAAGUCUGUAAAAUAGUAGAACGGAUGCUUGUUGCUUCUUUUCAAACACACCUACUUCCUUUGCUGCUGUUUUGAAUGUUUGAUAGACGUCAUCCCACUUCCUGCUGGCUUUAUGUCUUAGUCCAGCUUCUUUCCCUCACCUACUGCUUGUAACUUUUGCAUAUCUCAUUUUGCCAACCUCCCUUUAUCUGGUGUGCUGUGCUGGCCCCAUGUCAGUACUGCCCCCUGGUGGCUCGUAUUGUACAGUGUGACAAGAAAGAGCAGAAAAAUCAAGCCUGUGAAAUUGCCAAUAUUAUUGUCACUCCUUCUGCUGGAAACAUAAGCACAUGUACUGGCCCCUACACGCACACACAAACUCAAUACACUCCAGUGUUUAUGCUCUCACAGCAGUGGAACCAUAAUGGACUAUGCAGCCAUGCUUAUUGUGGAGAUGUUUAGCUAUGGCGUAUGGUGCUUUAUAGGGCAAUGAUAGAGGGUGAGUGGAGAUUAGACUGAUAAAAACACAAUAGUGGACAGUACAGAUUUUUUUUCUACUGUAUAUAAUCACUGGUGAGACAUAGCUUCAUGACAUAGUUGUUGUAAAUAAUGGGAUUUUUUUAACAUUCAGACAGGUUUUUUUUAGAGGGAUCACAUCUCUAUUUUCUUUCCCUUCUAAGUCUGUAGAGAUACUGUUCAGUAAAAGAGAGAUGUUUGUGCUGCUAUGAGACCAUAUCAUCACAAAGCGCUCACACACACACACACACACACUCACUCGAGUCUCUUUCAGGUGUGGUUCAGUGCUGUCAGAUCACCAAGUGACUGUUUUGCAUGUUAAACGCAAUUAAAACAAAAAUUAUAUAUAGAUAUAAAUGAACAGAUAUGUUUUUCAUAACUAUUUUUUUCUCAUUUACGAUGGAACUGGAGAUAUGUAUCGUCUCUGCUGAAGUAUGUAGACAUAAAUCAAAUUAUCCACUCAGUCAUACACAAACAUAAACUGAUUACAUACAUGCAUAGAGUGUACAAAGAAGACACAGAAACGAUGUCGGCUCUGUGGCGAUCAACGUUAACUUUAACAUUCUAGAUAUAUGUAAUGCUGUAGUGUUAUGGUCUAAAUUGCUUUCCUUUAAAACCUUAUGAUUUUUGCAACUUGAAAGGAUCAAUCCUUCGUUUUGUGCUAGGCUUUGAAAUCAAUAACACUGUAUUGUGAACAAGUUCAUACAUCCUUAUUAUAUAAGCCUCUUCCUUCUGAAAAAAAUAAAUGAAAUAAAAAAAUGUCAAAAAAUUAUAAAAGAGAUAAUAAAAAGGGUCUAUGUAUUCUGCUUGUGUGUAGUAAUUAUAUAUAAAUUCAUCCAGUGCCUAGGUGGCACUAUGCUUUUGACUUUGACGGUGCAAAUAUGUUGGACAGAAUUUUUGUACACCUGCUCAUCAGUGUAAUGGUGUUUAUUAUUUUAUAUUACUUUAUGAAAUCUGGUAAUGUGUUUUGUUUAUAAAUCACAAAUAAAGUUUUCUUUCAUAAGUA